AUGGUGCUGGGGGGCAUGGGUCGCUGGACUCGGGUCCGCCUGUGGCCCACUCCUCCCAGGCUGCUCUCAGCCAGCUGUGCAGACUGCGCCAAGCACCAGGAACCCCCCAGGAAGAAACUGCUCUCCGAGAAAAAACUGAAAAGACAUUUUGUGGACCAUCGCCGAGUGCUCAUCCGCGGGGGCCGUGGAGGCGACGGGGUGAGCUGUUUCCACAGUGAGCCCCGGAAGGAGUUCGGAGGCCCAGACGGUGGUGACGGAGGCAACGGUGGCCACGUCGUCCUGAGAGCUGACCAGCAAGUCAAGUCGCUGUCCUCGGUGCUGUCGCGGUACCAGGGUUCCCACGGAGAGGCCGGCGGCAGGAAGAACUGCUCCGGGCGCAGUGGUGCCCUCCUCUACAUCCGGGUUCCCGUGGGCACAUUAGUGAAGGAGGGAAGGGAAGUCGUGGCUGACCUAUGGUGCCCAGGCAAGGAGUACAUCGCUGCUCUGGGCGGGGCAGGAGGAAAAGGGAACCGCUUUUUCCUGGCCAAUGAUAACCGCGCACCUGUGACUUGCACCCCCGGACAGCCUGGUCAGGAACGCGUCCUCUUCCUGGAGCUCAAGACGGUGGCCCACGCUGGGAUGGUUGGGUUCCCCAAUGCAGGGAAGUCCUCGCUUCUCCGGGCCAUUUCGAACGCGAGACCUGCUGUGGCUUCCUACCCGUUCACAACCUUAAAGCCCCACGUGGGGAUUGUUCACUGUGAGGACCACCAGCAAAUAGCAGUGGCCGACAUCCCAGGCAUCAUCCGGGGUGCGCAUCAGAACCGGGGCCUGGGGAGCACCUUCCUCAGGCACAUCGAGCGCUGCUGCUUCCUCUUGUUCGUCGUGGAUCUUUCGGAGCCGGAACCGUGGACUCAGGUGGAGGACCUGAAGUCCGAGCUCGAGAAGUACGAAGCCGGCCUGUCCGAGCGACCCCAUGUGGUCGUGGCAAAUAAGAUCGACCUCCCUCAGGCCAGAGCCGCUCUGCCCCAGCUGCGGGCCCGCCUGGGCCAGAGCGUCGUCGCCCUGUCGGCCACAACCAGGGAGAACUUGGAGGAGCUGCUGCUGCGCCUGCAGGAGCUCCACAGCCAGCACGUGGCCCCCGAGCUCAGGUGGUAG